CCUCGAGCAGCUGCUACAUACUCUGGGUGGGGAAAGGGGAAGAGACCUCAUGGGGGUGCCACUGCUGGACCAGGCACGCAUGGAGCACAUUUGGCGUGUGCAAAAGCGCCACGUGGGGUGCAUCCAGGACGUUCCAGGUGUGCCGCUCUACACAAAGGUCGGAACGACCACCAAGAGUCGGGUCAUCCUGACACGAUACCGCUGUGCCAGAGGGUCCACAUCCCUGGAGUCCUUUCACCUCCACUUGAACAGGUUCAUUCCAGGAACUAGUGCAAAUGCGCUGAAUUUCCAGUUGUAUCUCCUGGAAGGCCUGAACAGGUGGAACCAGGAUCGGGCGACUGCAGCGGUGACCAGCAAGCCGUCAUCGUUCUUGACGUACGCCGGUGACGUGACACACUGUGUCAACACCAACACACUGAAGGUGUUUGGUCGGGCAUUUGUGCCAACCUUCAGGCCACCUUCGAAAUACACUGGUGAGCUUAUCGGGGUUGAUUAUUUGUUGAGUCAGACUGGCCAGCCCCUUAAAAUACUCCCUGACUCAGAGGAGACAGACAAUAUGCUGGAGGAUGUGAACGAGAGAGAGGAAGAAGAAGAAGGAGAAGACGAGGGCUUCCAGGAAGACACAGUGUCAAGUCUCCUGGAUGACCCAAGCUUCACUGACUCUUCUCAGCCUGCAGCCACCUAUCUGCUCUUCCAGACUCCUGCCUCCUCCCUGCCUGCUGCGUCCACCUCCCAGCCUGCUACCUCCUCCUCCCAGCUGUGGAUAAUUCGUGCAUGCCAGGGUUGGACAAAGGUGGACAAGUUGGCAGAGUGUCUGGUGGAGUUGAGGAACCAGUCCUCCAUGGCUCUGAGCAACAGGCGGUGA